ACAUAGUGAAAUAAUGUAACAAUGGAAUAAGUCGAUUCCCUCACUAUAAACUCCUGUCCUACCUGAAUGGAUGAAUUGUUUGCAACCCUGAAGUGACAGGUGUGCUCUGCUGAGGACUCUGAAAGGAAUCGUGGAGAUGCUUCAGUGAAGAAAUGUGUCAUCACGGAAUUUCCUUGCUGACUUAUCACCACUUGUUCUCCUUGAUAAGCUAGAAAGAGAGGGACUGGAGACAAGAAAAAGAGGUCAACAUGAAGCUCAAGCAGCGAGUUGUGCUGUUAGCAAUACUCCUUGUCAUCUUUAUCUUCACCAAAGUUUUCCUGAUUGACAACUUAGAUACAUCAGCUGCCAACCGGGAGGAUCAGAGGGCUUUUCACCGAAUGAUGACUGGCUUGCGAGUGGAGCUGGCGCCCAAGCUGGACCACACCUUGCAGUCUCCUUGGGAGAUUGCAGCUCAGUGGGUAGUGCCUCGGGAAGUGUACCCUGAAGAGACACCAGAACUGGGGGCAAUUAUGCAUGCCAUGGCCACUAAGAAAAUCAUUAAAGCUGAUGUAGGCUAUAAAGGGACACAGCUAAAAGCUUUACUGAUACUUGAAGGAGGACAGAAAGUUGUCUUCAAACCUAAACGGUAUAGCCGAGACUAUGUGGUGGAAGGAGAGCCAUAUGCUGGUUAUGAUAGACACAAUGCAGAGGUGGCAGCCUUUCACUUGGACAGGAUUCUGGGUUUCCGCCGAGCCCCCUUGGUGGUUGGCAGAUUUGUUAAUCUGCGGACAGAGAUCAAGCCUGUUGCCACGGAGCAGCUCUUGAGCACCUUCCUAACUGUAGGAAAUAGCACUUGUUUCUAUGGAAAGUGUUACUACUGCCGAGAAACAGAGCCAGCUUGUGCCGAUGGAGACACAAUGGAGGGAUCUGUCACACUUUGGCUUCCAGACGUGUGGCCUCUGCAGAAACACAGGCAUCCUUGGGGCAGGACUUACCGAGAAGGCAAAUUGGCCAGGUGGGAGUAUGAUGAGAGCUACUGCGAUGCUGUGAAGAAAACCUCCCCAUAUGACUCAGGCCCACGCCUCUUGGACAUAAUUGAUACUGCUGUCUUUGAUUACUUGAUUGGCAAUGCCGACCGUCAUCACUACGAAAGCUUUCAGGAUGAUGAAGGCGCUAGUAUGCUUAUCCUUCUUGAUAAUGCCAAAAGCUUUGGGAAUCCCUUGCUGGAUGAGAGAAGCAUUCUUGCCCCUCUCUAUCAGUGUUGCAUCAUUCGGGUUUCUACCUGGAACAGACUGAACUACCUAAAGAAUGGAGUGCUAAAGUCUGCCUUAAAAUCAGCCAUGGCCCACGACCCCAUCUCCCCAGUGCUCUCUGACCCUCAUCUGGACGCCGUGGACCAGCGGCUUCUGAGUGUCCUGGCCACCGUGAAGCAGUGUACAGACCAGUUUGGGAUGGACACCGUGCUGGUAGAAGACAGGAUGCCAAUCUCUCAUUUGUAAUUCUCAACACAAAAUAAGUGGAACUUAUUUUUACCAAGAUAGAGAAACAGCACAAUCAAUUCCAAAUGGUAUGCGAUGGCUUGGGAGUGGCCAGCUGCAAGUUCUGGUGGUAAAGGACAGGGUGGCCUUGGGAGUCUUUGGUGUUUUCUGUUGGAGUUGCUGAAGCAAAGACCACAGGUUUCAGAGCAUGCACUGGUCAUGCAGAAUCACCUUCUGACUUCCUCAGCAGUUGCCUGCUCUAGCAGUGGGCACCAGUGCUGGGCAGUUUUGAUUUCCAUGCCAAAGGACAAACAGGUGUGACAUAUGGAUAGGUGAAAUCUGGGAUUGGUUCCAGAGUAUGUGUUUUGAAGUAAACCUUGCAGUCCUUUCUCCACACCUGUGGAGUUUUGCGGAAACACUUUGCAAGUUCUUGUGUCUUUGUUUUUAUCAGGACUGGUCAGCUUGGAAAGCUUUCUUGCCUUCUCCAGAGUGGCAGCAAACACAACCUUGCAUUAUGUUGAGCCAAAAGAGCACAUUCUGCUGAAGGGAUCCACGGUUAGAUAGAACUGGAGGGAAGGGCAAAAGCAGGGAGCUGCUCAGGCGUUCUAGCAGUGGGUUAGUGUGGUUCUGAUGAUCUCAGGGAAGGAGAGAAGAGGGAGGGACACACCUGAUAGAACCAGAAACAGGAAGAUGUUGAACCUGUGAACAACACAAUUGCUUCUGAGUCAAACCCAGCCCUCCAGUUUUGUCAAACUUAACCAAAACAUUGUGUCUAAAGAAAUACCAUUAACUCAAGUAUGAUUCUCUAUGGACAUUAAUUCCCCCCCGCCCUUUGCUUAAAGUAGGCAAAUUCUUUCUGAAUAGUGACCAGAAAGAAAUAAUACCAUUAUUUCCUCAUUUUUACCUGCCACCUGGUUUAUUUUGAGACAAGGUCUCAUUGUAGCCCAGUCUGGCCUAAAACUCACUAUAUAACCCAGGCUGGCAGCAGCCCUGCUUCAGCCUCCCAGGUGCUGGGGGUACAGGUGUGCUGCCCUGCCUGGCUGUCAUCACCUUCUAAAAUGGACCUACACCACUGGCGUGAAGGGCAUUUGCUCUCACUGCUGUGAUUCCCAGGAGACCUUGUUUGUGCCUUUCUUAUGAGAAAGGAGAUACGAGAGAGACAGUGACCAUCCUGCUCAUAGCUAGGCUGUGAUUUGGGCCCUCUGGGCCUGAAAAAUUAGAGAUUAACAGAAAGAGCCUUAAGAUUUUGAUUUAUAUCAAAUCAUAUUUCAUCAUUUAAUCUUGUUUGUAGUUCUGAACCCACAUCCUCAUAGCAUUCUCAGAUGUAGGUGUUCUGCAAAGUGAUUUUGACAUAUAAGCAGCUGCAGGCGGUUCUGAGCCUGGGGACCAGCCUGGGAGCCGCGCUCACCCAUGUCUCUCCUAGUGCGUCUCAUCCAGGUGCUGUUCCCCUUCUGUGCUUUCGUCAGACACAAUAAUGUGAAGUGAGUGCGGACACAGCGUUAGGCAGCUGCCUUUUCAAAACAGCUCUCAAUUUUAUGCCCCAGUUUUCGCACAUUGACAUUGAGUAACUUAUAACUGCUUUAAGAUGACAUGUAAUUAGGAAAAAUGUAUAGUUUUUACAUACAUUUUGGGGUGGAUUAAAGAAUGGACUGCGUUCUUUUUAAAAACUCCAAGUAUUUAAGAAAAUAUGUUAGCACAAAGUAAAAUAAAGUAGUGUCAACAAAAGGAGGCAGUUUUAGGGCUGCUUACCACAUGCGCCCAAGGAGACUCCCUCCACUUCAGCUGUGCCCACCUCGGCUACUGCUCGGCUGGAAGCGAGCUGGGGGAAGACAGCGGGAGGACAUUGCUCUGCGCUGCUCCCCUCAGUGCUGACUGAACUAAAUGAGUAAGAAAUGCUUGCAAGCUGAGAAAUGUAUUCAUAGUGUUGAGGGCCGAAGAUUCUGCUGAGGAAAAUUAGAGGGAAAGCUGCUUUGAAAAAUGUUUUGUCCUUUCCUAAAGCAGUUGCAAAAAAAAAUGUCAUUUCAUUCUUCAUUAUUUCCAAACGUGGUAUUAAAAAGUAUUCAGAUCUACAGUGGUUAAAGUUAGAAGAAAGUUAAUGGAGAGUUGUGACAUGAUUCUGAGAACAUAUAUUUAUGUUCCAAAGAUCGGAUUAAGCUGGGAAAGUGUAUUUGGGUGAAUCUUGAGGGAAAAUGGUAAGUUUUAAAAAAGGAGAUGUCUUAAAAAUAUUGGAACACAACUUCUUUUGUUAGAAUAUAGGGCUAUUGUAAUCAAGUCACUGGACGGAUUUGGGUUGGCUAGAAAUUAGGUUUGCCACUGUAUAUUUACAUAGAGGGAUACAUUUAAUAUAAAUCCAGAAAAGGCUGUACUGAUUGCUAUUUCCCACUCUUCUCCCACUUCUUAAAAAUAUAUAUUCUGAAAUUUAGAUGGAGAAAUUUGGAUAUAGAGGUUUCAUUUUAAAACUGUUCUCUAAUAUGAGGCUGCAUUGUACUUUGGGGAAAGGUUUUUUGUUUUGUUUUGUUUUAAAAAACAAUAGGCUCUGAUUUGCUAAAAGUGUUGUUCAAUAUAUAUUUUAAAGCAUUUCUUCCUGUUUGCACUCAGGGUUAAUAUGUGAUGAAAUUUAAGAAGAAAAUGGCAAAUUCAGGUACAAUCAAUCACCCCAUUUAUUUUAGGAAAGUUAAUCUCUAUACAUGACAAUUUCUCAGUGUCACCCAAAGGUAACUUAUUCCUUUAGCCUCACACUCCUCCUUGGAUCCUCUUUGACCAGUAAAUGACCACACAUUGGAAUGGUAACAGCAGUUGGCUGUGAGCUGUCUUAUGAGUCCUGUGAUCCUGGACUGCAGAAAGCAUGGGUAAAGGUAUAUGGAUUAAUAUAGCUGUGUAUGUAUUCUAGCAAGGGGGUAAAGGGGUGAAAUUGCUUGGACACCAGGAAAUAAUGACUUAACUGUUGCAGGACUUGAAGCUAGUAGAAGGUUCUCUUAGUCUCAGUGAGCAGACUGAGCCGCCUAGGGACCUUUUGUUUAGCAAGCACCUACUGAGCAGUCUGGUGAGCCAGGUUGCCUGGCUCCGUGAAACUUCCUCUAUGGAGGAGGCUGGCUUUUUCAAGUCUGGGUGGCAAAUAGGGGCUGGGUACUGUACUGUCACAAGUUAUUGGGAACUAAGGUGUUCCUUACAAAUACAAAAAAUGUUGGGGAAAACUGGGGAGCUAAUUUAUUUGCCUAUGAAUGGGUACAAUUCACUACCCUCUUGUUUGACCUGCCAAGGAUUUCCUCUCAGAGCUGCUGCACAAAUGGAGGUUGUACUUGGUAUGACACCAAACCCCAAUUCUAAUGUGUUCUAUGGGUUUCCAUUCUGAAAAAAGAAAAUAAAGAUUUUAAUAUUUAAUAUUGUA